AUGCUAGCUUCCCAAGUUCUAAGAUCAACUGCUUCUAUAUCGCAAACUGCCACUGUUGCUUCCAAGAGUGCGUCAAAGAUUUUGUUGAGAGCGUCACACAAGAGAAUCGGUGAAGCGUGGAUUCGCACUGAGGCCAGAAGAUUGGUUCCAGCCUUUUUGGGCUGGAGUGCUUUCAUGACCGGCGUGUUGGGCUGGCCAUUCGCUUACAGAAAGCUUGCCACGUCCUUGUAA